GGCAGCGAUGAGAUAUAAAGAACUCGCGCUCCACAUCCUUAAGGAUAUCGUUGUUUGAGACGUAUUCGAGUGCACACGAAAACUCGUUCUGCGAUUAUGAAGUUGCUCGCUAUUUUCGCCAUCUUCGCUGUACUGGCUUACGUUUCAGCAGACACGCUAUCGGCUGUUUAUGACGGACCUACUUACGAAUUAACUACCAUCAACGACCCGGAGUACGACGAGAUGGCAUCGAAUCUGUCGCCUAUCCGACAUCGGCGCAUAACCUGCGACCUUUUAUCCUGGCAGUCCAAGUGGUUAACCAUCAACCACAGUGCGUGCGCGGCCAAAUGUUUGGCUCAACGGCGCCAGGGUGGCCGCUGCCGUGACGGCAUCUGCAUCUGUAGGAACUAGAAAUAGACGUCGUGUCUCGCUUUGUAAAGUAUCGCAGACACAUAAUCUCCCGGCCAACGCACGUCCCACGGAUCUCGCACACCGUCGCCGUCGCCGUCCGCUGUCCCACGCCAUCGAUUAUGUUGGUAAACGUUGCUGCAUUGUAAUCCAAAUUAAUAUUCACGACGAGGAUUACGACGGGACAUCGUACCGGUUCAAUCACCACGCGACGGUCCCGAUCGAUCGAUUAUAACGAGCAAAUUUUGGCUGAAAAUUGAUAACGCCGCUGUCAAUGAAAAUUACCUCGAUCGUUCUCCUCUCAUUGCGUCAAUACUGUGUAACUUGAUAAUAAGAAUAACGGCUCUUAUCCGCGACAGGCGUUCCGCGAGAAAUUGAGAAAAAAUGUUAAAAUGUCGGCGUUGGUCAUUAAUGAACGUUGAUUUAUCGUAAUGAGCACUCGUAUGAGAUUUGUAUAACAAUUUCAACAAUGUCAAUUAUUUCAUUGCAGCAAAUGCACACAAUGUUGAUUGAAACAAAUGUAGUUCUGUGAAAAUUACUUUAACAUAUAUACACACACAUGUGUAUCUCGAUAGAUAUCUCAAUUAUGUAUAAUAUUUACGUACGUGCCCCAAGUAAAAAAUUAAUUAAGUAUCGAUGAAUAAUAAUAUUGAUAUCUUUAAGAUAUUUUUCAAUUAUUCAUAGAAUUAUUCACACUAUUAAAUAUAAUGCAAGUAUGCGAUAUCUAAAUUAGAACCCUUUCCACGAACUUGUCCCGCAAGAUAAGUAGCGACACUUACCAUAAUCAGCUAAUCUGCUAUUUUAUAAUAAAUUAAAAGCUAUCUGGCUAGAUUAAUUUCUCAAGCGCAAUAAUUAAUAAACUUGCAAUCACGACAAUAUUCGUGAAAAAAAGAAACCAAAAUUUGACCAAAAAAAUAUCUUUUUAAAAUUUGAUUUGACCAAAAAAAUAUCUUUUUAAAGUUUGACACAAAUUAUGCAAAAUAUAUUUUAGACAAGUUAAUUCAUUAUGUAUUCGCGAUUUUACUGUAUAGCCAAAAGUGAUUUUAAUAAUAUAUGAUAUAGAAAUAAAUGAU